GGCGACGAUACAUUUUGCCGACUAUCGAUAGUCGGGCUCACUGGCCGUCGGCAUCCAAGUUCCGAUCGGAUUCAUUCGCCAGUGAUCCACUCCGCUCCUCCAGAUCCACAGUCAGAUAAUGCUGCACCUAAUAUCGGUUGUUAUUAUAGCCCUGAGUCUGGGAAGUGCUGCAGGCCAGGACUUGCGGCGUGUGGACGACACCGAGUUGAUUCAACUCCUGACCGGCAGCAGCAAUGUGGUUGUCCUAUUCAACAAAAACAAUUGCAAGAGCUGCGUGGAAUAUGAGAAUAUGGUCACCAAGAUACGUGCCCAGCUGGAGGAGACCUUGUCGGCCAUUGUGGUCCAGUCGGUUGACAGCAACCUGGUGUCCAUCUACGACCCCAGCAAGGAGCCCGCCCUGGUGUUCUUCAGACGCGGAAUACCCAUUCUCUAUCAUGGCGAGAUCAACGAUGACGAAAUCCUAGACUUCUUCAAUGACAACUUGGAGCCAGCGGUCAAAGAGCUUUCCGACGACAACUUCGAGCACCUGACUCAAGCCUCGUCGGGUGCCACUACCGGGGACUGGUUUAUCUUCUUCUCUUCGGCCGAGUGUACCGUCUGUCAGCGACUCUAUGCCGUCUGGGAAUCUGUGGGCGGAAAGCUGAAGCGAAAGCUGAACAUUGCCCGCAUGAACAGCUUGGAGUCUGGAAUCUCAACUGCUAAACGACUGGGAGUAUUGGAAUCACCGGCUUUUAUUUUCUUGCGACAGGGAAAGAUGUACAAAUACUCAGCCAAGCAAUACAGUCCCGAGGCCUUUGUCCAGUUUGCCGAGAAGGGAUAUACCCAGAGCCAUCCUCAGCCAGUGCCGGCAAUCCCGAGUGCGGUGGAUUUGUGAGAAACUGAUACACGUGUUUAAAACGAAUUUUUGGGCCCACUGCAGAGUUAUUUUGCAACUGAAAACUUAACAUCGCUGGUGACUUUGGGUAUUUUCGCAGUAGUCGCUCUCUUAUUUGUUGGCAAAAAGGUAGCCAAAAUAUUCAGCUCAGAGCCGGCGAAAACGAAAAAUAAGUCGAAAUAAAACUAUUAUUAACACCAAA